CGACUUUCUGCCUACGACGACAUGUCCUUUGCUCACCGGUUGAACACGUUCAAGACCCUCGGCACCCGCGAUUCGUCCGCAUCCACUUCGUCGUCAUCUGUCGUGCAGACACGUCCGGGUGGUCCCGGGCGGCGCGUGGCGUCGGUGUUGGACAAGUCCAAGCCGAGUGUGAUCGACGUCACGUGUCCGACGACUGAAGUCGAGUGGGAAGGGUACUUGUACAAGCAGUCCAAGAUCGUCAAGACAUGGACGCCGCGGUACGUGACGCUCAAAGACGGGUUGAUCAGCUACUACAAGAGCAAGAAGCACGCCGUGGAGCGCACGCAGAACCGCGGGUCGUGGUCCGUGUCGGCUGUCCAGAAAACGAUCCCGUCCACGGGUUUUGGUGGGUCCAAACUGCAUGCGUCGACGUUGGGCUUUAGCAUCGUCACAACGAACCAACUGCUCGUGCACUUUGUGGCCAUCAGUCCCGCCGAGCGAGAAAUGUGGCUGCACAUGCUCGAAAAGUGCUGUGCUGCGGCCAAAGUCCAGACGAAUGUUGCCGAGGGGCUCGACGAAGCCAGCCGACCGAGCGAGAGCUACUUCCAUUUGGACCCAUCCGAGGCGUCUGUGAUGCUGUACUCCAAGUUUAUUCGCGUGUUGAGCGACGUGGGGGUGCCAGACCUGAUGACGGCGCUGCCGGUUUUCGUUCAGCAUUUGAGCCAAGACGUCGAACUCAAGUUCAAUUUUGAUCCGUUCGACGCGGCCAAGUACGCGUUUUGCCAUGGCGUGUACUACGCGCGCGAGGGGUUCGUGCACUUUGUAUCGCUGUUCCGGCAGUGUUUUGCACUUGUGGAAGCUUCGACGCUGCCGACUCUGACGGCCAAAGACCCAGAGAUCAUCGAACUCGUGGCGCCGCAGCAGCUCACGCGCCUCAGCUCCAAGGAAGCCGCCAUGCCGGGGCGGCUUCAUGUGCGCUUCAAUUUUUCGCCUUCUGGACGGAUUUCCAGGCUCAGUGUGUACUUCAAACAAGACAAGUCGCUUGCCCCAGUGCCCACCGCCUGCGUUCGAAGCCGCACGUUGUACACGCUCGCGUCGCAUCCGCAGAACUUCCACUUGUGUUAUAAAACCAAGCGGUCGUUGCUGCUGAGUUUCCGUGAUCUCAACAUCCUCGGUGUGCUCGGCCAAGGAGGCUUUGGGACGGUGGUACUGGUACAGCGAAAGUCACUGCACGACGAAUUGUUUGCCAUUAAAGUGGUCGAGAAGAGCCAAGGGAGCGCGAGUGCCCUGAAAGAGCGACGGAUUCUGUCCACGUUGCGCCACCCGUUUUUGGCGCGGUUGCGGUUUGCAUUCCAAACAAAGUCCAAGUUGUUUUUGGGGCUCGACUUUUACACGGGGGGGAAUUUGUACUACCAUAUGCACGCAGCGACCAUGGCGGAUGGCACACACGUGGAAACGAGCGGCGGCAAACGCCUGGCGGUGGAGCGCGCGCGAUUUUAUGCCGCAGAACUCGCGCUUGCAUUUGCAUAUUUGCACACCCACGGCAUCAUCUAUCGCGACUUGAAGCCAGACAACAUCAUGCUGGACCAGGAAGGGCACAUUCGGUUGGUAGACUUUGGCAUUUCCAAGCAGUUGUUCCAGGAGGAGUCGACUGGCACGUUGGCUGGGUCGCCUGCGUACAUUGCACCCGAGCAACUGAACGUGCAAAACCCAUUGUACGGGUACGCGGCGGACUGGUGGAGCUGGGGCGUGAUGCUGUAUGAGAUGCUGUACGGAUCCACGCCAUUCCACGACAAUAACGUGUCGGUUAUGUACCGCAACAUCACGGACGCCGACAUCAAGUACGACAAUCACUUUGAUUUGGACGAGGAGGCCGUGGACUUGCUCCAACAUGUGCUGGUGCGGGAUCCUGCCACCCGCUUGACCUUUGCCCAGAUCCAGGCGCAUCCGUUCUUUGCGUCGGUGGAUUGGGUGCUGCUUCUCCAAAAGCAAGUGCCGCCGCCGUACGUCCCCAUGACCCGCGACGUGUUUGAUCACGUGGCGCAGCAUUUUCGUAAAAUGAACGUCAACUCCCUCGACGAUACACCGACGAUUGGAGUAAUGUCGUCGACGUCUACGAAAGAAUCGGACCAGCAGCACUUUGACGAGUUUAGCUUUUGCUACGAACGACCGGAUGUGCGGGACGAAGCGUACGAUUUGAUGAUCCAAGUCAAGGAGACGUUUGCCAACGACGCGCGGCCCGCCAUCUCGACCGUGCUCGAGCACCAAACAUCCGAAGAAAUUCUCGACGAUGACAACGACAUGGACCCGGAAGUGGACUUGGUCAUUUCUGAACUCUCGGACAUUCCCACGUCGGAACAGGAUGAAGCAUCUGGGGACCACGACGACGAGUGAGUCUACCGCCGAUACAUACUAGGAAUACAUGGGGUCUCGUAAACAGUGUAAGAGGGGUUGACGUAUAUACAAGUACUGUUCGCUACGGA